UUCAAUCCUUCUCUCAUUCUCAGCUCAUCACUUUCAUUCACAAACAUCGCCUGAAAAUGGCAAUUGGUUCCACAAAGCCACUGUAUACACUCAUUUGUACCUACACUUUACUACUUAUAUCCGCCCUAGCUGAUGCUAGGAUUCUAGGGCUCAAUUCCACCUCAGAAUCCGACGAAUCCCAGGUCUUCCUAUGGCCUCUGCCCUCCAAUUUCACCUUCGGCAACGGCACGAUCUCCAUUGAUCCCGAUCUCUCGCUCGCCUUCUAUUUCAACGGAGACAAUUCCACGGUUUCCACCAUUGUUGAGGAGGCCUUCAGGAGGUACAAAGCCAUCAUAUUCAAGCACAGCUCCAGCUUUUCCAAGUUGAGACUGACACGCGAUUUGCCCUACGAUAUCAGCGAGCUCAGCAUCAUUGUUCGCUCUGAUAAAGAAGAGCUUAAACUUGGUACGGAUGAGAGCUAUUCUUUGACGGUGGCCAAGGGCGAUGACCAUUCUAUUGUUGGCGGGGCCAAGAUCGAGGCUAAUUCUGUUUUUGGUGCUUUACGUGGUUUGGAGACAUUCAGCCAAUUAUGUGCUUACGAUUAUGUAACAAAAACUGUGCAAGUAUACAAGGCACCAUGGUACAUACAUGACACACCAAGAUUUGCAUAUCGUGGACUUCUCCUUGAUACUUCAAGGCACUACUUACCUGUCAAUAUAAUUAAGCAAAUAAUUGAAUCCAUGUCAUAUGCUAAGCUGAAUGUGCUUCAUUGGCACAUCAUAGAUGAGGAGUCAUUUCCACUAGAAGUGACUACAUAUCCAAAUUUAUGGAAGGGGGCGUAUACAAAGUGGGAGCGCUACACCAUAGAAGAUGCUUAUGAAAUUGUCAACUUUGCCAAGAUGAGAGGUAUCAAUGUUAUGCCUGAGGUGGAUGUACCUGGUCAUGCAGAAUCAUGGGGUGCUGGGUAUCCUGAUCUUUGGCCUUCACCCUCCUGCAGAGAGCCUCUGGAUGUUGCAAAAAACUUUACUUUUGAUGUGAUUUCUGGAAUUCUGACAGAUAUGAGGAAAAUUUUUCCAUUUGAGCUCUUCCACUUGGGUGGUGAUGAAGUUCAUACAGAUUGUUGGACCUCUACUCCGCACGUGAAACAAUGGCUUCAAGAUCACAACAUGACAGCUAACGAGGCAUAUCAGUACUUUGUACUCAAGGCUCAAGAAAUUGCUGUAUCAAAGAAUUGGACCCCUGUAAAUUGGGAAGAAACCUUCAAUACAUUUGCUUCGAAACUCAACCCAAAGACAGUGGUGCAUAACUGGUUGGGUGGUGGUGUUUGUCCAAAGGCUGUUGCAAAAGGUUUCAGAUGCAUUUUCAGCAAUCAAGGUAUUUGGUAUCUAGACCACUUAGAUGUCCCCUGGGAUGAAGUUUAUAAUGCUGAGCCACUGGAAGGUAUAAAUGAUGCAUCUGAGCAACAACUUGUUCUUGGGGGAGAAGUUUGCAUGUGGGGCGAGACAGCUGAUGCCUCCAAUGUUCAACAAACAAUAUGGCCUAGGGCUGCGGCAGCUGCAGAGCGUUUGUGGAGCAAGAGAGAGAGCAUAUCUGCAGGAAACAUCACGGCAAGUGUAUUGCCAAGGCUGCAAUAUUUUAGAUGUCUGUUGACUAGGCGGGGUGUUCAAGCUGCUCCAGUUACAAAUUUCUAUGCUCGAAAUCCUCCAAGCGGCCCAGGCUCCUGCUAUGAGCAAUAAGUCUUUACUCUAUUUGCCUUUAGGUAAGGUAAUGUUGUUCUAUUUCUCUGAUGAUAUUUAAGUGCAAGUGCAACAUUGUGUUGGAUUGGUUUUAUUGUCAUUUGGUGGUGCUGUAUGGUACUUAAUAAAAAGCUGGAAAAAGCAAGAUUGGAUUGCUAUC